AUGCAGACAAGAAGGAAGACGAAGGACACAAACAACGAUGACUCAAAUUAUGUACCGAGAUAGUUGAACUAAAAGAUAGGAAAAGUUACUGAUUCAAAUAGUAAAGGAGCUACCAAGGAUGAAAUAUUGAACGAUCUUUAGCAGAUCAGAGGCAACGCGUCAAAUAUUAGUAACGAUAGAGAACAAGAAUGUAAGUCAGAAGAAAAGAUUUUCAAUGGGAGUGCAAAACAAUGGAAUAAGGUGAAGAAGCCAAUGAUAAAAGUGAAUCCGAGCUAGAGAAUUGGCUAGUAGUCAUUAUUCGAUGAUGAAAGCGAGGAGGCUCUCACCAAAUUAUUUGAUUUUGUCAAGCAUCUUCAUGAACUAGAUGAUGAUGAGAUCCUUACCCAAAGUGAGGAGAAAGAUACAUAGAUGGUGGACUAUCCCAAGAAUGGGAAUCACCACAAUUUUAGUAAUUAAGAUUAAAUGGUUUCUGAUCGAUUAUCUUAUAAUCCAAAUUAAAAACAGUCCAAUUUUGGAAAUGAUGGGGCAUUCGUUGGUAUUAAUUAGCAAAACUCUGCAAGUAAAGAAGUUAGUUAGUUACCUCAAUCAACGCCAUCAAAUCAAUAAAAACCUUAAGAAUAUCCAGAUCAAAAUUUACUUAAUAUUCUUACAGGCGAUUAUAUGCAAGAGCAAAGCUACAUGUAACUGAUAAAAUAACUUAUAGACUCUAAUGAUCCUCUAGCUUAAGUAUAUCUUUAGCAACUUGCCCAAUUAGAAGAAGUAAAAUCGAAAAAGCACCUAGAUCAAUCAAUGAACCCAGCAUUGGCCGGGCAGUAACUAACUCCAGCUGAUCUAUAAUUGAUAUAAGCAAAUAUCCAAUAAAUUUAAGCUUAGACAGGACAAUAAAUAGAUAUUCAAUAAUAUCUUGCGCUCAAUGGCCUUUUCAUUAAUGAACAAGGAUAGAUUAUCCAGGCUGCCCCAUCCUAAUUAGUAAGCUUGAAGGAUGAAUAGCAACUGCAAUAGCUAUUUCUCCAACAGAUGUAAGCUAAGGCCUUAGGACUCAACGGACCAGAGCUAGAUAUAUAGACUUUAUAGAUAAUUGAAUAGCUAAACCAGCUAAGCAGCUAGGAUCCAAACACCUUAAAACCUGAGUAAAAACUCUAGUAUUAAUACCUAACGGAGCACCUUCAACUUUAGCUAUAAUAGUAAGCUCAAUUGCAGGCAUAUCCUUACGGUAUAAAUCCUGCAUUAUAAGGUUUUGACCCAAACUAUAAUAUGGCUUUACUACAACAAUAAUUGUUACAAUAAGCGGGAAUGCUACCUCAGCAUUAUCCUCUAGGAUUGGAUACUUUGAACAGAAAUGCCUUUCAAUAUAACUCUUUAGCUGACGUUAUCGAGUGUACUCAACUAACAAGGCCACAGAAGCGUGGCUUAACUCAUUCAAAAAUAGCUUACUAUAUUUAUAACCGUUCAAUGAUCUAACAAUAAUUGCAGUAGCAUUAGCAGCAGGUGGCAUAAGCUGCAUAAGCUGCUUAGUUACAACCAACUCUCACUCAAUAAGAUCAUCAGCAACUUUUGUAAUAAGCAUACCAGUAGUAUCAUAGCUAGAUGCAGCUUCCACUGGGCAUGAGCCAGUAUAUUAACGCAGCUACUGUUGGAGGUCUUGCUGGAGUGGGAGGAAUUCCUUUUUAAGAAUCAAACAUAGAACAAAUUCUAUAGUAAUAGUGA